CUUCUAUAGACAUUAAGAAUAAAAUGGGGAAAAAACAAUUACCAUUUAAUACAUUUGGAUUGUUAUGUUUAUGUUGUUAUCACAUUUACAUAAUCGAAAUAACACGAGCUUUUAUUUUGAAAACCAGUGUAGCCGGUAGACGGAAGUUGGGGUCUGCAUUUACUCGCGCGCGCGUGUUGAUUAUGGCAGGCUCCGGUGACAGCAUGCAGAACAUAAACAACACACUUAGUGAAAUAACCUGUGAAAAACUUACAAACACGCAUCUCGAAGCUUUACAAACCCUGACGAGCGCUUUCAGAGAUGAGCAGUUCAGAGGCAGUGUUGACAGGGAGGUUUUUGGAAAUCUCUCUGCGGUGCUGUCAAGGCUUUCUGUGGAUGUCCAACGUUUGACAGAUGAGACAGAAUCACAGGAGGGAGAAGCAUCAUCUCUGUGCUUUAAACUCACAGCAGAGUGUUUCAGAGCGCACAGAAAUGCCUGCGUGCAAUGCACUCAAAACCAGUGCAGUCUGAGAGAUCUAGGCUCUAUCAAGCGAUCUUUUGAGAUUUUAUCCAAUCUCAUCAAGAUUUCAUCCAGAGGUUCAAAUGACAUUUAUGACGCGCUUCGAUGUGGAAUUCAGUUUCUUGGUAACAUUGCUGUAGGAAACCAGCUCUGCAAAGAUGACAUCUGGGAGUUUGGUUUCCCACAUAUCUUUUGGGACAUUUUGCAGCUCCCUGAUGAAAAAUCCAUUUCAUAUACGUGUAUGGUGAUCCACACUUGUCUGGAUGAACACAAGACGGAGCAGUUUGUUGAAGAUACACAACGGCUUAAACUGACUCUGAAGAUCAUGGACUUGUGCAGGACUUUGCCUGAUCUAGACUGGACGGUCUUUAUUGUCACACAGCAUUUCCUCAAGUCUACAGAGCUCAUUAGGAAGAUGUACACUGAGAUGACCAAUGAGGAAAGACUCACACUACUGGAGCUGAUAUUAGCACAGCUUGGUGUUGUUGAAGAGCAGAAGGACUGUUUGAUGCCUCUGAGUGCUGCUCAAUUUCUGGCUUCCUGCUUCACUGAUCACGGCAGAACUGUUCUCAGUCUGAGCUCUGAAGCAUCUGAUAACCAGGCAGCAUUGGUUAUCAUCUGGCUUUUAGACAUCCUUUGCGAGAUGACCUCUGACCGAAAAGAGUUUAUGUCACUACAGGAUCACCCUGACCUUCUGAGCGCCACAGUCGGCAGGAAGAUAACAAGUCCCUGACCUUUAGUGCCUGAAAUUGGACAUCUAGAGGAAGUGGAAACUGCUCUUUGAUGGAGGAUUUCGGUGCCACCGGCCCUUAGUCCAGUUUACUUGACUUAGCGGUGCACUGAAACAGGGAUGUCACCUUCGAUACAGGCUCAAUGCAGCCACCCAGAUGGAGUGGGAAUCAGCUGCGAAGCGGUGGAAGAUGCCGCAGGGGAAGUCAUUUGCGAGGAGAAAUCCCUACAGCUCCCAGCGGCUAGUAAUGCAUAUGGAGUCACUUAAAAAUGUAACUGCACAUAGCUGUCACUGUUCCUCAGAACGCUGGAUGACAAGUGGGCGUGCCAACAUCAUAAUGUGCCGGCACCUAACUCCUCUGCUUAGGACCCGUUUACACUAAAACGCUUCAGUUUUAAAAAGCACAAGUUUUGCUACGGUUACGCGAUCCGUCAACACUACGCCAGAGUUUUCGAGCAGUGAAAACACCCCUGGUAAAGUGUGUGCUCACCCUAGCUUGACACGGCUGACUUUGGGUAUGGUACGCAAGGGCGAUGGCGUUGACUAUCCAGCGGGCCAACCUUUGUUUAGAUAUGGCACUUCCCUUUUGCUGACCUUCUAAACAAAGAACUGCUCAGAAGAAUUUUUUGCUCUGAGUGUGGUGCGCGGACACAAUAAAGCAGCGAGAGGGUUGGGUCUGGGACACUAUUCGUUGAUCGAAAAUGUCUUCAAGUCCUAGAUUCUCUUGAACGACACCAACGCGGUCAGCAGAGCUGUCUUACGUGACAAAAUCGUAAAGACUUUAGAUUUUAGAUAAAGUGCGGAAAGGACUACAGAAAGAUCCCAAGAUGAUAUAAAAAGAGUACGAGAUGGGUUAAGCCUUCUAGAGCCUCUGAGGAACCGGAUGACCAGGUCAUUCACCAGCUCAUGGUGAGUGGAAAUGGCUGCCACGUAAACCUUCAGUGUGGAGGGUGACGGUAUGUCCUCCAUCUUAGCCUGAAGGAAGAAAAGCACGACACUGAUCAGGCAAGUUCGGGAAACUUCUCUGCAAGAAGGCUUUAGCCUAAAUGAUUGUGUUAACCACCGAAGCCAGUAGGUCACCUAAGUCUUCCGCGUCGCAUCUGUGGACCACACGUGGAAGUUUGAGAGAGCAGAACGCUGGUGCUAAAUUGUACCCCAUCCCUGAGAAAAAAGGUCCUCCCUCAGAAUAAUCUGCCAAGGAGGGGCUAUUGCAAGGAGUGUGAAGUCUGUAAACCACGUCUUGUUCGGCCAAUGAGGCACAAUGAUCAAGACCUGCUCCUCGUCCUCCCUGACUUUGCACAGUGUCUGUGCAAGCAGGCUCACUGGGUGAAUGCAUAUUUGCGCAUGUCCCAGGGCCAGUGCAUCCAUGCCGAGGGAGCCCUUGUUCAGGAAAUACAACCACUAGCAAUGGGUAGUGUUGGUUGUGGCUAACUGGUCAACCAGGUCCUUGCCAAAAUGUUCCCAUAUCUGCUCUAGUCCAUGGACCCACAGCCACAUGUUCGUUAUACACCGCACCUCAACCUGUGGAGGAGAGACGUGCUCUCAUGCCAACCAAAUCCAGCUCCACACCAAAAAACACAGUUGUCAUGGCAAAAUCACCAUAGUGGCCAUUGCCCUCCUGAAGGCACAAAUUGCAGUUUUGGUUGUGAUUAACGCAAAAUCGGUCGCUGUCCUGAGGUCAUGUAUAACCAAUGGGGAAGGAUAGGCCAAGAAUCGGUCAACGCCUGUGAUUGGAAGCGCUGGUACGUAGCCAUCGCAUGUAACACGGAAGUGGCCUGGCACAAAUAGCCUACGUGCUUUGGUUGGGAGACGGGGCUCAUUCUGCCUGGUGGGCAAAGAUUGACCUCUAUCGCCCUCUCGAUCUGGGGAAUGGCCACAUACGCCCUGGCUGAUCUUUUAUCAAGGGCAAGGAGUUACUGACUUAGUAAAUGACUUACUGCUCUGGCAGAGACGGGGGCCUUCCAAGCCUAAGUAAGCUUCUCAUACACUUUCGGGUAGAAAGGGGGUUGGGGGCCGGAGAGAGUUUUACCCCAAUCCUGGCCCCCACAUAGUACCCAUCUAAGUGGUCUGGCCGCUGGUCUGGAGGCUGCGAAACCGUUGCCACCUGGAAAAGCAUAGCCACCAUGUCUGACUCCUGAUCUGACACUGCAUGCAGUGGAAGCUGAUCUGGUCUAUCAUCAGAAAUUAAGAGCUCACCUUACGAUGCCACGAGGGACAUUCACUCACCUGAGUCAUCAAACAAUCAAGCGACGAUUCUGGAGGAAGCACUGGCAGUAUCGUCUGAAUCCUGGAUAGGGUGCAAUGAUGAGGAAUGGGAGGACCACAAGGGUUAGCUAGCAAUUGAGCUCCCAUUGUAAGCCUCUGGUCCCCCUGCAAACUCACCGCUAUGCGGACAAGCACAGAGGUAGUUCGCACAUUUAGCUGUGCUAGCCAUGACCUCAGCAUGGCCACGGACAUGCUCUCGCAGUGAGGGCAUGAUUUGUUUAUGAGUACUGCAGCGUCAUUGCCUGACAAUCAUACAGAUUGUAAUAUUUCUGAAAAUAAUCUGGUCUUUCUAAAUUGUUUCACAAUUUAUUUUAAAUUCACUAUUAAUUUUCAUUGUGUCUA